AUGGAUUGGCACGACCCUGAUUGCCGCCGGAUAGAUCCAAUUCCAUUCGACGACAAACUCUGGACUUGCCAAGCUUGCGGCACAAUCGGUCCUCUCGAGUUUCCUAUCGAGGAACCUGUUGAGACAACCACUUCCUCUGCAAACCAUGAAGAAAGACAUCAAUAUGAAGCUAUUCGACCCUUGUCGUGGCCAUCAUGUGUCGGUUAUCUGACAGACGCACUUGACGAGCAUGUCGGAAGAGCUUUGCAACAAGUUCAAGUCAGCCAGGAUAUGGUGUGUUCAGGCAUCACUCACCAAGCGGCCACAGUGAGCGAUGCUUAUGGACGAGAAAUUCAACAAGUGGUAUAUCCCGAAUUGACCCAGCCUUCGCAUAUUAGGAUCUUGGAACUUCUGCCCGCGCCUCGAGAAAAGGCACUUGAAGGUCGAUUGUUGGUCGUUGAUGUGGACAAGCCGCCUUCUUAUGAAGCCCUUUCAUACACUUGGGCUGACGCCAACAGCGAUGCUUCUUUGUGCCAGAGGAUAUUCAUCGGGCGCGGCAACAGGGCUCUGCCGAUUACAUCAAGUUGUCACCAGGCUCUCCGUCAUCUACGCCAAGAGCUUGAAUCGAUCUUUGUCUGGGUUGACUCAGUUUGCAUUAAUCAGUCUGAUCUUGAGGAAAGAUCAUACCAAGUUGCUAUGAUGGACGAUGUCUUUUCUAGAGCAAACGUCGUUCAUGCAUACGUUGGAGAAGAUGAACUUGGCAACUCUCGGAGAGGAACCAAUGCUGUUUCUCUUCUUCAAAGUAUUGUUGAAUCAACAAUGCCACCCGGCAGUGAGUUGAGAGAUCGUGCACGGGUAACGCUAGGCCCUUUCUUUCAACGACCUUAUUUUUCUCGAUUAUGGGUUGUCCAGGAAGUCUUACUCGCUCGGUCUGUCAUUUUGCAUUGCGGUGGCCAGUCGACACCAAUUACAUGGGAUAUUGUCGUUAAAGCUCAGGCGCAUGGCGUGGAAAUCCCCUGGUGGAUGAAUCACAUCGGCAGAAUAGGGCCAUAUGUGAAGGGUGGGCUUGUUCAAGUUCUUGCCGCAACCGCAUUGUGCCAGAUGAGCGACUUGAGAGAUAAAAUCUUUGGUUUACUAGGACUAAUAGAUGUUCAAGAUGCAUCGAAUUUGGCAGCCGACUAUAAUCUCACUGUUCGCGAGGUAUACAUCGGAACUGCCGCAUAUCUCAUCCAGAAGAAAGGGCGACAUGAGAUACUGGAGCUCUCAGAAUCAUUGUCCAAUAUUACGCAACGCAACACUUAUGGUAUCCCCAGCUGGGUUCCCAUGUGGGACUUACAACAAAGACCAUACGUCGCAGCUGAUAUAUCACAAAGGUUAGGUGAUAUCCAAAUUGGUAUAGACGAAGCCGCAGCGAGGAUUCCGGCUCUAUCCCUACCUACCUGGCCCUCAUCACAGCCUCUUUGGAAUCGUUCAGCAAAAUCUAUUCGAAAAAACGUCCCUAUUUCAACCUGUGAAAUCGAAACAGACUCAAGCAUAGAAAGCAUCUACAAGGCCGUUGAUGCAGAAACAGGUUGCCUCAUAACAUCAGGAUAUGAGGUUGCAGAGCUGAAACGUGCAGAUUUCAUCAAACUAUCAAAAAACAACACAGUUGAUGAUGCCCACCGAGAAAUUCACUACAGAGUGGUUCGACAGGGCGAGGUAACUCUUGCUGUUAGUGGUCCGAUGUCAACGAUACGAAGCUAUCCACAGCGUGUCCUCGGAUCUAGUGAUUAUCUGGCCUUGGUGAGAAUAGUAGGUUGCAAAACUUUGUUUGUAUGCGAUAAAUACAUUCGAGACAAGGACGUCAUUACAUACCGGCUAGUCUACCCAUGCGUGGCCGCUGUUAUAUACUGGAUAGGGAAACGACAUACAUACAGUAAACACACCGACUUCGAUAGGGCGUGUAUCCUAGAAGCGACAUAUCCUUUGACCCUGGAUAUCAUUACGUUCCUUUACCAGUGGAGAUACCUGAUGCUGCCAAGGGAAGAAGGAUUAGCCACAUUCAACUCAGCCGAUUCGUUCUUGGUGAAAGAGCGUGAGAAGGCCACAAAUCUUUAUGUCAGAUACGCAGUUGUUGUUGAGAUCGAGUCGCCUUCUGUUUCAGAAGAUGAAAUCACUAUAUGGAGACUUCAGCUCGAGCAAGACCCAGAUUGGGCCAGCAAGCGCGAGUCAUCACUGGUGGACGACCUUUUCACAGAACUCUUGGAGCUUCAGAGCUUUUGGGAUGCGCAAAGGUUCAAAAAUUUGGCCCAUCUGGACUUGCAAACAGCCCAAGACGACUUGAACUAUUGUAACGGCGUUCUGGACACUUUUUCAACUACUGAUCGUUCUAACAAGCAACCAAAUAGACGAAAAGAAAAGCAGGGUAAAGUUGAGGCUGAGAUAAGUAGCUGGAAAGCAGCUUGGGGGCUUCUUUUCAAACGCUUCAAUGGACUGAUCUCUGCCGCUCUCAAACAAGAGGCGAACAUGUUUCCACAAACGGUUGAUGACAUCUUUGAGUUACCCGAGUCAUGGUUGGGUGCUUAUAAGAACAAGCAGGAGCUUGUGAGGUUACUCGAAGAUAGAUGGAUGCGUUGCACAAGAUUGCUGUCCUUUGUCAUUGAGUCUGCUCAAUGCUUUGAAGAGGCGAAGCAGGUGAUGGAGGGACGACAAGAGAUACUGGGCAUGUUUGGGAUUGGAAGAGAAGACGGGAAAAUUGUAAUCGAGUGA